AUGGCCCAACCUUCACCGUCACCACACAAGCCUCGGCGCAAAACCAAGAAGACCGCACAUUUCGAUAGCACCGUCAGCGUUAAACCUGAAGCUCUGAUCCGAACACCUUCGUUUCCACUGGCAGCUUUCCUAUGGCCUGCUAGGAGUUCCCUCUCACAAUGGGAGGUUUUACCUCUCAUCCUUAUGGUGGUUGGACUCUUUAGAUGGGCAGCUGGGCUUUGGGGAUACUCAGGCUUUCAGAAACCCCCGAUGCACGGCGACUACGAGGCGCAGAGACAUUGGAUGGAGAUCACGACACAUCUACCGAUAUCACAAUGGUACUUUCACGAUCUUGAAUGGUGGGGUCUCGACUAUCCUCCUUUGACGGCAUACCAUAGUUGGUUACUCGGCAAAGUCGGAUCCCUAGUCAAUUCUUCCUGGUUUGAGCUCUUUACGUCGCGAGGCCUAGAAGAUCCGGAGCUCAAGGUAUAUAUGAGAGCAACGGUCAUCGUAUCCGAAUAUCUGAUCUAUAUACCCGCCGCUGUCAUAUUCGUCAGGAGAUACAGCAGACUCUUUGGAGUUGCCCAAUGGACUUCAUCCGUAGCGCUUGUUGCCAUACUCAUGCAACCUGCCACUAUUCUCAUUGACCAUGUUCACUUCCAAUACAACACAGUCAUGCUGGGUUUCGUCUUGGCAAGCAUGUCGAGUAUGCUAGCAGGACGAUACAUGUGGGCUUCCAUUUUCUUCGUCUCCGCCUUGGGAUUUAAGCAGAUGGCGCUGUAUUAUGCGCCAGCCGUAUUUGCGUUGCUUCUGGGAAGUUGUAUAUUCCCUCGUAUCAACAUCGGAAGAUUCUUCGGAAUUGCAGCUGUCACUCUUGCAUCUUUCGCAGUGCUUGUCCUACCAAUUAUUCUCGGCACACUAUAUGAUACGAGCCGGGGGAUUGACACGAGGCCCGAUCUAGAUGGCCUGCGGCCCCCACUACCCCUUUUCGGCUUCCUCUCACCCUACUUAGAUACAGAGGCUCGGUAUUACCCAGUAAUUGAACAAUUUGCCCAAAUGGUUCAUCGGAUAUUCCCUUUUGCGAGAGGGCUAUUUGAGGACAAGGUUGCUAAUUUCUGGUGCGCGGCUAAUGUGGUCAUCAAGCUGCGAAAAUACCCAACUGAACUCCUACAGCGGGUCUCACUUCUAGCGACCCUUGCAUCAAUAGCCCCAGCCUGUGCGAUCAUAUUCUUCAAGCCGCGCAAAGAACUCUUACCCUAUGCAUUUAGCGCCACGGCCUGGGGUUUCUUCCUAUUCAGCUACCAGGUUCAUGAGAAAAGUGCUCUGCUUCCACUUCUUCCAAUGACUGUACUCCUUGCUGGAAAGCAGGGGUUAGGUAAAGACGUUAGAUCAUGGGUUGGGUUCGGUAAUCUUGUUGGUGUAUGGACUAUGUUUCCACUACUAUCACGAGUUGACCUGCGAGUACCCUACGCGGUGUUGACGCUCCUAUGGUCGUACCUCCUAGGUCUUCCCCCUGUAUCGACCAGCGCGUACUUCGAAGAGGGGCAGAAUAUCUGGACCCAAUGGCUGACAGCGAUUCUUCAUGGCUCUUUCUAUCUGUCCAUGGCUGCCUGGCAUGUUUUAGAAUUAUUCGUCACUCCGCCUCCUGACAAGCCCGACCUGUGGGUCGUGGCUAACGUCGGGAUAGGUGCUGCUGGCUUCGCGCUGUGUUACCUGUGGUGCCUAUGGAAGCUGGUCCAGGAGAGCGGGAUCAUCCCGAAGAAAUUCCUAGGAUCCAAGGUCAAAACCACAUGA